AUGCUAGCUAGUCGAUUCAGGUUGUCAGAUAGUGUACGAUUAUUACAAUUAAUUACAGCUUAUCGUUCACCAUGGUGUCUGACAAAACAUUCUAUGAUUCGUCGAUCGUUCUAUAUUUCACCGUUAAGCUUUGAUUCAUCAAACCCCAAACCACCGCCCCAUACUUCUUCUAACAAUAACGAUAAAUCUAAUACUCAUUCAACAGUUCCUGGUCAACAGCUGUAUGAAACAGUAUCGGACGUAUCUCUUUCUGUUCUUCGAAAAUUACGUUUACGUGAACGAAAUAUGAAUGUUAAAACAAUUUUGAUCGGUUCAGGUAUCUUAGUAGUAAUAGUAACCGGUAUUUUAUAUUUAUUUCGACACCCUAUUAAAAAAACGACAAUCUCACAAGUAGCUGAUGUAGCGAAGCGUAGUUUAGAAACCGAAGAUGUUCAACAGCAAGUCAAUCAAUUAUCACAAGAAGUUGUUAAUAAACUAUUAAUUGAUCCGCAUAUCUUGUCGAAAACAGUGUUAUUUCUAGAAAAAAUCAUUCAAGAUGAGAAUACAAAACAAACAUUAAUUCGAUUAUUACAACAUUUAAUGAUAGAUAAAACAAUGCAAAAAUAUGUAACUGAGUUUACAGCAAACAUUGUCUUAGAAAUAAUGGCAAAACCUGAGACAGAAAUUCAGUUAGGUGAAUUAUUGCGUCGUGCCAUUUUACAACAAGAUAAUAAAGAUGCACUGUUUAUAUUACUAAAGAAGUUGAUUGAAGAUACAGAUACAAAACAACUUUUAACUGAUUUAGCAAUUCAAAUAUCGCAUAACGUGUUAAAUGAUGAAAAUAUCAAAAUAGCAGCAACAGUGUUUGUAAAAGAAAUACUAAAUCAAUCGAGUCUUCAACACGAGGCGGGUGAUGCAUUGUGGAAUGCUGUUAAAUAUACACUAAAACCAAAAUGGUUUACAACAAAGGCAAAUUCAAAAUCGGUGAUUGUUUAUCAUCCUACAAAUGACCAUGACAUUACUAGACCAUCUACGAUAUCAACUGUACACGAUAAAAUUGAGACAAAAAACUCUACAGAAAACGAGGAAGCAAAAUCCACUUCAGCUGAUGCUAUUUUGUUGCAUCCGGUCAUUCUAAAUAUUCAUCCACAAUCGACUUAG